UUGUGUAGUGGUAUCUCAAGCAUAACGUGUAUUCUAAACCUUUAUCAGGCAUGUCGAUUUAAAUCUUAUAAACCAAAGACAAUCAUUCAGCAAAUAUAUGUGUGUAGUAUGAAUUGGUGAAUAUAGCGAACGAAAUCGAAGUUUAGAGUUUAGCAGAUUUACCAAUAUACAAGAAAAUCCUUCAGAUUUAUUAUGAUUGCUUAAUGUGGAUUCAGUUCAAACUUCCGAGGUAUGAUAUGAGGGCAUCCACAUUACGUGCAGAUACGUUUGUCACAAAGAUUGUAGCCGUUUGGCAAACAGUCAUUAUUUUUUUAAUCAUUCUUGGCAAGACUGGUAAAGGUAUGGAGACAUGUCCAACUGUCCAACAAACAGCAAGGCGAGUACAGAGGUGUCCAAUGAAUGAAAUUGAAUGGGAGAGCGCUGCAACGUACAAGACAUGUGGAGAGUUGCAUCGCACCUGUACAUUUCCCACACAUUUUAAAUACCACUGUGCUCUGAAUGUGUUUUUGAACGAAACAUGGGAAGUGUGCGCUCCAGAGAGAUAUAUGCUGGGGUACUGCAUAGAAUACAAUAAUCUUGGAAAUCGGAUACAAGACAACUACAAGAGGAAGUGUUUAGCAAUGGACCCACCCUGUCCAAAUAUCUACAAAUCAACAGAAGCCUACAAAUACCAAGAGUGUUACCAAAAGGUCAAACCAUCACUAAAUAUAUACGGGACAACGACAUAUAGUAAUACCCACACAACAAUGCUCAGUAAUGCCAACACAAUGGGUGAAACAAACGAAGAAAAAGACAAUGGGAAUGUCAAUUUGAUAGUUUUACUAACAACCUUCACUGGAAUUGUGUCAGUCAUUACGACGGUGGUGAUUGUCUACUUGGUGCGGAAGAGAAGAUAUUUAUUGACGAAAAACCUUCCUUCAGAUUCAAAGAAGACAGAAGAUCGAAUUAAUGAAGUUGAAUUACAUCCCCUUAAACAGUGCGACAUUUAACUCCGGACACGACAAAAGUCCGGAGUUUCGCCAACCCUUUUAUUAAGGAUACAAAUAAACCCUUUACAAAAAAAGAUGGGAUUUUAUGUCCACAAGACAUGCACCAACAUUUACACUUGUAACUAUUGUAGUUUUUAAGAUAUUUCACCUGAAAUCAAAAAAUCCCAUGGGAUUUUGGAGGGAUUUUUAAUCCCACUUGGGGGAUUUUCACUCCCACCAAAAAUCCCAUGGGAGAAAAAAUAUAAUUUCUCCCAUAGGAUUUUAACUCCCGUAUUUAAAUUUAAAAUGGGAUACAAUGUCCCAUAGGAGGAAAUGUCCCAUAAUGAACAUGAAAUGGCAGUGAAUAUCCUAUUUGAGCAUGAAUGGGAAUAAAUAUCCCAAAUAAAACACAGGAUGGGGACUUUUAUCCCAUGAAUACAGUAAUAAAGCAGAAAAUUGUAUCUUAAAGAGUGUUGUUUGUCAUGAUUCUUAAGAAUGUACUUGCAAGCUAAGGAA